AUGAAGCGCUCGCCGUCACGCAUCCGAACUGCCGCGCUCCUGGUGGCCCUCCUGGCACUGCUUGGCACGACAGCGGUGCGGGCCUACUCGGUCCGCUAUGCGGGCAAGACUUCCGCGAAUGGUAUAAUGAACUUCGAGUCGUUGGGCUACUGCGCCCAGGAUGAUUCAGGGCACUCGAUGAUGCCGAAGCUGCGGAGCUAUCAGCUGUCUGCGGAAGAUGUGAUGCUGACGAACAGAUUCGACAUGGCCCCGAUCGGUGGUGAGUCGCGCCAGUCUGCCUGCCUCAGCGAAAAUUGCACGUGGCAGUUUAACCACGGCUUGCACUACCGCAAUGAAUUAACAUUCUUCUAUGGAAUCGUGUACAAGGACACUCUGCGCGGUGGCCCGGUCGAAGGCGUGUACAACAACUUUGCCUCUGGCCAGCCGCUCUGGUGGGGUAACGUCAGCUAUUGGGGCGGCCGCCAGCCGUACAUGGCGAGCAACGGCGAGUGGAGGAACGGCAACGUGGUUACGUACUACACGCAGUGGGUGUGCGAGUACUACGAGUACCAACACUCGGAUGCGUCCAUCUUCCCUACCUACCCGGACGGUGACGUCAUCACGGAGCAUUUCGCUGGCGGCUACUAUCACUGCGGCAGGUUGGUGGAGCGCGACUCACAGGGUCGCUGGAUCUACCAACGCUGCAAGGAGCCGUUCCCAUGGUGGGCCGGUCUCGUCAUAGCCGUCAUCAGCCUUAUCGCGGUGGUGGUGAUCAUCAUAACAGUCUGCUGUUGGGCCUUCUACUGCAAGCGCACGAAGGAUUCCAAGGAGCGGAUGCACGAACUGGAGACGCUGGCUGACAACCCGGCGCGUGUGCCGACGCAGACACAGGUGGGCCUGAGCCGCACUCCGCUCUACAACGGCGGCGAUCAGUCGAUCCAUGACGAGUAUUCCAACGCGCAAGCCUAA